CUGAGCUACAAGGUUUAGCUACUCCGCGGGCCUUUGGUGUCGUUUGACAGUAUGACAUUACAAUCGUAUUUACAUCACGACAGAACACAACCUGCAGAGGAGUGACCUAGAGAGCUCGUAGUGUAUCCGCCACAAGUUUUAUUAUUUAUUUAAAACACUGUGGUUUGGUUGUCGGCUCGUCUCUUCACUUGGUUGCCACAACUGAGGCGGUGCUUGGGUGCAGGACAGGAAUUGUUUUUUGUUUUUUUACUGCACUCCCCUUAGAGAUUAACGCGACACCCCCGGCUGUUGUCUUCCUCCUGGGGCAUUUUAAACCUCAGAGUGAUUGUGGACGGACAUGGCCGACACUUUAAGGAGACUGACCAAUACAUCUUCCUUCAGCGUCUUACAGGACAAGCUUGAGAGCUGGCACAAAGACUACCAUGUUAUUUCCUGUGACCAGAAUCUAAAUAGAUGUUGUGAGCUGAUUGAACUAACUGCAAAGAUCCAGGGCCAACUGUUUGCCAUCCUCAACCUCGCAGCCGCUGAAGGUGGACACUAUGCCGGAGUGGACACUCUCAAAACGCGCCUGCUGCCGUGGCUCGGAACGUGUUUCUCUAUGGCGAGGCCCUCGGUCACUGAUGACACCAGUCUACAGCUUAUCCAGGAUUCGGUGGAAAAGGACAGGAGGAUCAGGGAGCUCUCUGUCUCCCAUGAGAGUGACAUGCAGAAGAUGGAGACUCAGCUGUGCUCCACUCGCCUGGAGCUGGACUCUGUUAGAGAAGAACUGAUUGAUACUCAGAAAGAACUGGGUGAGACAAAGAGCAAAUCAGCAACCACUCUGCUGGCCACUGAAGAUGAAAUAUUACAACUGAAAGCAGAUUUGCGAUCCGCACGUGAGCAGGUGGAGAUUUAUAAGAGGAAGCUGGAGGCUCUUGACGACUAUGAGCGGCAGAUUCGCUUGCUGAGAGAUGAGGUGUCCUACCUGAGCACAGAGAAGGCCAUGCUGCAGGAGAGGCUGGUGAGAAGUCGUUCUCCGAGCCCCUUGCCUAGGCUCAGUCGCUCUUCCAGCCCCGCGAGGAGUGAGUCGCCCACCAGAGCUCAGCUCACCAAUUCCUCCCGCUAUGCACGCCUCGUAUCGCGCCUCAGUGACCUGUAUGCUGUCGAGCGUCUGGAGGCCCAGAACCUGCUUCGACGCUACAUUGCCGACUUAGAGAUGGUCCAGAAAAUCAUCUUCAUUGCUGUCAUGGAAUCCUUUAAGACAGCAAAAUUGGCUUACCGUCAGUUCAAGUUGCGUGUGAGAAAGACAUUGUCCUCAUCCCACUAUGGGCCAGAAAGUCUAGAGGAUGCAGCUGUGGACUACAUCGUUAGAAACCUGGACCUCUAUGAUGUUCAGGCCAGCGUCAAUGAUGUGAUCAAUGCCAUGAACGUGAACCCUCGGAUCUCUUUCCCGCCAGAGGUGGACUUUGUCCUCAUCAGUACCUUGAUCAGGGAGACAUGCAGGGUGGCCUUUGCCAUGCAGACACUGGACCCCCCACUUGACUUGGCCUUUGCAAGUGAUGGAGAACUUUACAAUGACUGCAAGUAUCGCCGGAGCUAUGACUCAGAGUUCACUGCUCCUCUGGUGAUGUACCACGUGUGGCCAGCCUUGAUGGAAGGAGAUGCUGUGGUAGUGAAGGGCGAGGCCGUGACUAGAAGGGGUGCCCCGUGGAGCAGAAGCCGGAGCAGGAGUGCCAGCCCUGUGCGCUCUCGUUCUCUCAGCCCCUCUCGCAGUCUUGCAUUUAACAGCAAAAGAAGCCUGUCUCCUGAACGUCUCACAGCUAGCCGCCUGUGAACUUUGGCCUCUCUGUCAUCAGGACAAGAAUCGACAUUUGUACUUCAUGUCAGUGAAAUAAAGGUUACACAUAUGCUUCCACCAAAUAAAAUAAUGAGACCCUGUGAUAUUGUUCCACACAAAGGCUGCUCAGAGUUUACAUUGUUGAAGGGCAGAUUAAUAAGACAUUGACAGUAAUUAGUCUGGCAGCUAACUGAACAGUUGUCUUGGUUCACUAUAUUUACUCAGUAUUUUAAUGGUCAUCAGAAAGUUAAAGGUACAUUUUUCAGGGUAAAACUUGAGCUGCACAGCAGCACUUUCUUAUUCUGACAGCUCAUACAGCUCAAACAUAUUCAACCUUUUACUUUUUACCAAAAGUAAACACCUGUGGAGCAGAUUUCUUUGGCCGUGUUGUAGGACAUACAGUGUGGUGCUAAGGAUCAGUGCUAACUUCAACUCCUGCAGUACUUGAGUGACUGAUAUUGGUCAUAGUGAUAUUUAGUGUUAGUGAUUGUUGUGGUUUUUUUAUAUCUUAUUUUUAUUAUUUGGUGCUGUUUUAUAUUCUGAUCAUUAAUUUGAGCUAAAGCAAGACAUAGUGAGGUUUAAGAAAUUUUAAAGUAACAUAACAUGUGAUUUGUUAAUGAUGAGUAUAACUGGAGAUGGUGUUGCUUUUAAAGUCCAAAAUAUUUUUAAAAUCAGACUUUUAAAUUCAGACUUUUCCAAAUAGUGUUACCAGUUAGGGUGUAUAAAUAUAGAACUGCUAGAUUGUAAUUUUGCAUAAAUGUCUCUAUGCAUAAUGUACUGUAUAUCACCACUUACAUUUUCAUAUCCAGAACUACUGUACUUAAUGUUACCUUGAAUGGCUUGAAUUUACAAAAUACGGUCAAUACAGUAGGAUAAAUUAAUAAUUUGAUUUUGCUUUGAUUUACGUGCGAUGGAUAUAUUCUUUGCCUUUUAUGGUUGCUUUUUUUAAAGAAUAAAUGUCAAACCUUUAGUUUCCUGCAA